UUUUCUCUCUCUCUCUUUCUCUGCAUGCAAGGCUGAGCUGAUGAAGUGUUAAAACCUCAAACGCUAUUUCCCUCUUCUGACGAGCAACAGCACAACUCAUUUUUUUGACAUCAGUCAAAAAGUCCUUUAUCUACAUAAUUUUUUUUUUUUUUAGCUCAAUGUGUGAUUCUGAGGAACUUCUAGUGAAUGUGUUUCGGCCUACUUUUUUUAGUUUUUCCACCAACUGCAUCACAAACUACAAAGAAGUCAAGGUUAAUUACUCUUGUACUAAUCACCAAAAGCUUUAUUCAAUAAAAAACACAAAAACAUAAACUUAUGUAAGAUUUGCAGAUUGUGCAAAAGUGCUGUGUGGACAGUUUAUUGCAUAUCAAUGCAUGUAGAAGCUGAAAAAGAAAUAAGUGACAUAAGUGUGUAUAAGGUCAAAAGCUGCUAAAUGUGGUGCAAGGUCAUUAUUCGGAACCCUAGGAUAAGAAAAAAACACUACUUCCUUCUCAAAUGGGAGCCAUUCAUGCAUGAGCAUAAUUGGAGUGGCCACACGUGCAUCUUCAGGCCCACGAGUCCCGAACCCCUUACUUAAUCACCAAAAAGAUUCCCAACCACAAAACCACAAACAGCCCCGCCUAGUGGCAUCCACGGGAUUCCAGGCGAGAAGAUGCGUAGUGGGCUCCAUAGCGUUGAGCAGUAUCAUGGUGCAUUGUGAUUUAAAGGAAACUUCGGCUGUAAAAGCCACACAACUUCACACCUUCAUCAUAGCUCGCUCGCUUGCUCGCACACAACUAUAAAUACCCCCAUUCACAUGCAUUCAGACCAUUGUCAGGACACGAGAAGAGUCGGGUGUUGUGAGACGGCUUAAAAAGUCAACUUCGGCUUUUAAAAGACAGGAAUACAAGUCAAACUUCAGCGAGAACCUUAAGCUAACAAGGACUAUGAUUGCGCAACACAUGAUGGCCUUUUUCUGGGGAGUAUGUUUGUUGACUUCGGGAUGGAUGACAUACGGUGAGGCCACCGUCCCUGAGAACCUGGACAAGAGCAUCGAUGAGCUUAAAGUGUACUAUAUAAUAGAUGACCGUGAGCUACACAAUGCACAUCCUAUCUUCCUACGGGUCCUAAAAGACAUAAAGGUGAAUCUUGAGGAACCUGAGCAGAAUCUUUUGAUGAGCAUCAUAAUGGAUACAUACAGUAGGAUAUUCAUUCGCAUGGAGAAAGAUAGUCAGGAUGAAGCUACAAAGGAAAGACUGGAACAUGUUCAAGAGCAUUUGAAAAAACUGCAAGAAAACUACUUCCCAGGCAAAAGUGCAGAGCUCAAGAAGUUUGCAGAAACCCUAUGGGCGAUCAAGGAAGAUGACCCAGUCGUCCAGCGCAAAGCAUUGUUCGAGCUGAAGCGUGUCUACAGAGAAGCAACACAGCUGAGAAACCUGAAGAACAAAGAGCGCAGGAGACGACAAGCCAAAAUCACAAAAAGCAAAAGAUCUUGAUCAUCAUUUAAAAGAAUGGUGGAAUAUCAGUGUUAUUUAUUCUAUUUAUGAAGUUUAAUGUAUGUUGAAUAUAACAGAUAAUUGUUUAAACUGACAUUAUUUAUUUGUUCUUAUUUAUUUGAAAAAGCACUGUAAACCACUUGCUAGUAACAUAGCAAAAUUUGUAAGG